UAGCGCAGAUCAGGGGAAACUAGAGAACCAACCAUCGACGUUGAUGGUAGUUGGAUUCUUCGCGGCCUCGGGGAUUGCUUUAUGUCAAGGAAAACAAAACCAGGCCUCCCACGUGUUACUUGGUGGUACCUUCACCUGCGGGGUGACUUGUAAUUACGCAGGAGUGUCUCCUCUGACUUGUUCUAAGAAUGAAAGCUCUGAACUAGGGCUUGGUCAGUCAGCAAGAAGACGUGGAGGUCACCAGGAAGUACUUAGUUAACAAUCGUGAGUGACCAUGGCCUACUCUAGCUACAGCAACCUGAGCAGGGCUCAGCUCACCUUUGAAUAUCUGCACACAAAUUCGACAACACAUGAGUUCUUAUUUGGAGCCUUGGCAGAACUUGUGGACAAUUCAAGAGAUGCUAAUGCCACACGUAUAGACAUCUACACAGAAAAAAAAACAGAGCUGAGGGGUGGCUACAUGCUUUGUUUUCUGGAUGAUGGUACUGGGAUGGACCCAAGUGAGACAACCCAUGUGAUUCAGUUUGGAAAGUCAAACAAACGGUCUCCUGAGUCCACUCAGAUUGGCCAGUAUGGAAAUGGACUGAAAUCGGGCUCUAUGCGCAUCGGAAAAGACUUUAUCUUGUUCACAAAAAAGAACAACACGCUGACUUGCCUCUUCCUGUCGAGGACUUUCCAUGAAGAGGAGGGUCUGGAUGAGGUGAUAGUGCCUCUUCCUUCCUGGGAUAUGAAGACCAAGGAGCCGCUGACAUCUGAUCCAGAAAAGUACGCCAUAGAGACCGAACUGAUCUUCAAAUACUCACCUUUUAAAAAUGAAAAGCAGCUGAUGGAGCAGUUCAACAAAAUAGAAGGCAACAGCGGAACGCUAGUGAUAAUCUAUAAUUUGAAGCUGAUGGACAAUGGAGAACCAGAGCUGGAUGUAGAGACAGACCACCAGGACAUACUGAUGGCUGGGACACCUGCUGAAGGAGUGAAGCCAGAGAGAAGAUCGUUCAGGGCAUACGCUGCUGUUUUGUACAUUGACCCACGCAUGAGGAUUUUUAUCCAGGGUCAUAAAGUCAGGACUAAGAGACUUUCGUGCUGUCUUUAUAAACCAAGGUGUUAUAAAUACUCAUCAACUCGGUUCAAGACCCGUGCUGAGCAAGAAGUGAAGAAAGCUGAUCAUCUUGCAAAGAUUGCGGAGGAGAAGGCCAGAGAGGCAGAGAGUAAACGCAUGGCUUUGGAGGCCAGAUUAGGAGAGGACCUAUCAAAAGACUCACGGGCAAUUUUGAGAAAAGUUCAAGAUGCAGCCAUGAUGCUGCGAAGGGAUGCUGACAUGAAAAAAAGGAUUCUUGAAGCCAAACAAAAAGCAUUAAAGGAGCCCAAGGAGCUGAAUUUUAUAUUUGGAGUGAACAUUGAACAGAGGGACCUGGAUGGGAUGUUUGUGUACAACUGCUCUCGUCUCAUUAAGAUGUAUGAAAAGACUGGUCCUCAACUGGAGGGAGGCAUGGCAUGUGGUGGUGUAGUUGGAGUAGUGGAUGUCCCAUAUUUAGUUCUAGAGCCUACUCACAACAAACAAGAUUUUGCGGAUGCUAAAGAGUAUCGACAUUUACUAAAAUCCAUGGGGGAGCAUCUGGCUCAGUACUGGAAGGACACAAACAUUGCACAGAAAGGCAUAGUGAAGUUCUGGGAUGAGUUUGGAUAUCUGUCUGCCAGCUGGUCUGCACCUCCAUCAUCAGAGUUGAGAUACAAGAGACGCCGUGCCAUGGAGAUACCACUUACUAUUCAGUGUGAUAAAUGUUUAAAGUGGAGAACGCUGCCUUUCCAGAUGGAUGCAGUGGACAAACGCUACCCAGACAGUUGGGUGUGUCUCAUGAACCCUGACAGCACUCAGGACAGAUGUGACGCUCCUGAACAGAAACAGAAUCUCCCAUCUGGUGUUUUGAAGAAAGAUAAGCCAACAGCUGAAGACAAACAAAAAGAGAUAGCAGAGAAAAUCAAACAGCAGCAGGAGAAGCUGGAGGCCUUGCAGAAAACCAGCACCAUCAAAUCUGCGGCAGAUGUAAGAAAGCUCCCAUUGGAGGUUAGCAUGAAACCAACAGAGAGUUCGUCUCAGGCAACUAGGUCUUCUGAAAGGUCUGUUGCACGCCCACGCUCCCCACCACUCCCAGCUCAUCUCAAAAAUGCCCCAAGUGCCCCACCAGGACGUAGUGCUUCUCAGCGGCCCACCCGAACAUCAGCCAUACCACCAACUCCACCAAAGGUUGAGCCAUUCAGGUCCAGAGCUGCAGCAAAACCUCCUCCAUCUGCAGCAAAACCUGUUCCCAAAGCUACUGCCAAAACACCUCCACCCAGCCGCAGCUCACGGGCAUCCGCCAAAGCUUCACCUGCCAAACCAGCAGCUGCUGGACAGCGCAAGAGAAUAAUAGAGCAGGAGGAGAGUGAGGAAGAAGAAGAAGAAGAGGAGGAGGAGGAGGAAGAAGAAGAAGAAGGCAGCGAGGAGAGUGAAGAAGAACCACAGACAAAAAAAUCCAAGAUGGCUGCAGUUGCCACUAACCGUGGCAAAGUCGUAGAGAAGGCCCCACCUCCCAAACGUGGAAAGUUGGAUGAGGUUAAAACACACUCUCAACUUGAGAAGAAAGGAGUGUCUGCCCCUACACGGCAGGCACCAACAACACCAUCCUCUGCCCCUAAAUCCGUUUCUACACACGGGGCUAAAGAAAAGGCACCUGAUAAAGCUCUACAACAGGAACCAGAAAACGACACUAAAAAUGCUCAGAAAGAUAAGGGUCUGCUGGUCGAAGUACGUGUCAAUAAGGAGUGGUAUACGGGCAAAGUCAUCGCCGUUGAGGCGAAUAAACAAAGUGUUCGCUGGAAAGUUAAAUUUGACUACGUACCUCGGUCCACCCCUAAAGAUCGAUGGGUAUUUAAGGGUAGUGAUGAAGUCCGGCUGAUGCGACCACCAUCUCCAAUCUCUCAGACACCUGACACCCAGCAGGAGACCGAGAAGGGUCCGGCACCCAUGGAGCCAGACACUACUCAGCCAGGAACCAGCCGAGAGGUGACUGACAGCCUGGUCACCAUGUUGAGAACAAUGCUGCGUUACUUCUUUCCUCCUGCUUUUCGGAUCCCAAAGGACGAUGUUAAUAGCAUGACAGCCGAGGAGCUGGUUGCCUUUCCUUUGAAAGAGUAUUUCCAGCAGUAUGAAUCGGGCCUGCAGUCAUUGUGUAAUUCAUACCAGAGCAGAGCUGAUGCUAGGGCCAAAGCUGUGGAGGAGAAAAACAACAACACUGAGCUCAAACUAAAGGAGGCAGACGAGAAAUUACAGAAACUCCGAACAAACAUUGUGGCCCUUCUGCAGAAAGUACAAGAGGAUAUUGACAUAAACACAGAUGAUGAACUUGAUGCUUACAUAGAAGACCUCCUUACAAAGGGUGAUUAAAGAAAACCAAAAUCAAAUGAAAGAUGUGAACAUUAACAAACUGGUCAUCAUUUCAAGUCUCCAUGGACCCACUCUCAUGUGUGAAUAUUUGGGGUUUGUUUUCAUUAAUCCCUCCAUGUGUUGAAUCAGUUUGUAACCGGUUUGUAUUUUUAGGUUCUCACUGUCGAUUGCCUCUGGGCCUGUGGUUUUAUUUUGUCCCUUUUUAUUACCCUCUUACAUCUGUUAAUCUAUGUUUAAAACAUGCUAUCCUGGUUGAGCUGUUAAAUAAUUUGUAUGUUUAUUGCGGCGUAUGCUCUUUUAUAUAGUCAACUGUUGUUGUGACAAACUACAUUUCUUCAUUUUGGUCCAUUGUCAGGUGAGAUUUUCACACUAAAGACUUGGGCUUAACUCGUCUCUGUUCUAUAUUGCAGCCUGUAGUUAAACAGUUAUUUUUAUUUUUGCACACUAAAAACACAUCAGUGUUCUCCAACCUGGACAGAAAACCGGGUUCAUCUUUUAUGUUUGGGAGAUAUUCCCCUUCCAUAAACAGGAGCUACAUACUGGGUUAUAUCAGUACAUUUAUUAUUCCUUUAAAUUCAUUCUUCAUUUAACCUUUGACUGUUCUGUUUUCAUUUUGGGAAGAAAAAAAAAAAAGGUUAACUGCUGAAUUGUUUAAUAAUUAUUCAGUGCCUCUGUCCUUCUUUUUGAACAGAUUUUUAACCCAUCAUGGAAAUGUUUUAUUAAACGGUGCAUGCUUUCAGUCUUUAUGUUCUCGUUGGAACAAAGGAUACUGUAUUUUUGACAAACCUUUACUUGGAACAAUAAAACUGGUUCAGCAACACA